AGUGAGGCACAUCCCCACUGGUCGACUAAUACAAUUAAUAGAAGGGAAGGAGGUACGCCUUCUUCAGAAAUUGGCUAAAGGGGAUGGACCGACCCUAGUUGCGAGAAGAGGAGGGAAGGACGAUGAUUUCGGUUUAUCUGAUGAGUUGAUUGAGAUCGUGGAAACUUCAGCCUUGUCCGAUCAAACGUGGAACGAGUCGGAUCUCAUGUGGGAGGAAUGGGAAACGUGAUGCACCAUACGUUCGCGCGUAUGUACAUUGUGGUAUGGCUUUGCGGUGUGGUAACAACAGGAGUUAAAGGUUACUUGCCGUUUGUUAUCCAAGCUCUGGCCGACCUUUCAUACGUCCGGUCCAGCUCAGUUAUUGGCAUUACAAGCAUGGCGAAGGACCUUACAGGGUUGAAUUGGUCAUAUCUACUUGUGCGCAACUCUCCCCAGCAAUUCCGCGGCCCAUCCUUGUACCCCGAUGACCCGUUGACUCAUUGUCGACGUCUUCAAAAGUUGCUUCAGGUUGGCUGUGCGUCACCAGAGUACGCAAGCCAUCUUCAUCCGCAGUACCCUCUGAAUUUAUUGUCUUGAUUCCUCAUUGAAAGGAAUUAAACGUCAUUUUUUAAUUCGUGGAAAGCCUUGUCAGAACAAUCAUUGGCGAACAGUGAUGUUUCCUAAGAUGAGGACCAAGAGCACAAAAUACCUUCAGUUAGAGGCGAGAAGUAGCUUCACAAGCUGUCUGAUCGAGGGAGCAUUGCGGGCAAGGCGUGGCAUUUCCCAGUUCAUUGUAUGUAUUGCUCCGUUUUAGGGGGGGCAGGCAUCCCCGUCGGGAUCCGUUAUUCCGAUCACUCUACUGUCUUCGACGUCAGAGCGGCGCCUGUUCCAUCGGCGUUACGUUUGCAAGGCAGUGCGGCGAUCUGCAACAACUCGA